UAAGGGCAGCCAAUGGCCUGGAGAUCCCAUACACUAGCUACGCAGUGUUUGAUCUAGAAGUGGAAGGCAUCAAAAUACCUGGACGAGGAGUCGUGAUUAUUAAAGAUAGACACUGCACCCACCCGCUCCUCAUAGGUAUGAAUGUUGUGACCGCCUGCUGGGAAACACUUUUUAAACAGCCUGGAAGGCCUGUUUCCACCCCACAGCAGCUGAAGAACCAGAGAGUUUGGCGGGAUGCUUUUGCUACCUGUCGACGUAUCAAGGCCACCAUGACAGAAGACGGAUUCUUGGGAAACGUACGGCCAGCUGCUCGCCAAAAUAUCCAAGUCCCACCAAAGAGUGAACUGCUGGUGUGGGGCCGUGCUCGGAUGGGCCCGGGAGGAACUGACUACUGUGCCCUGAUGGAAGCACUACCUGAAACCAACAAUGUUGGCGUAGCUAGGACACUAGCAGUGGUAAGAAAUGGGAGGAUCCCUGUUCGUGUCUGUAAUCCAUAUCCCUACACCUUGUCAAUAGGGCGGUACCAGAAAUUGGGUAAGCUGUACCACAUUGAUGAAGCUGAUGUGCAUGGAUCUCAUGACCUUACCCUAUCUCUGGAAGACAAUGGUGUUGUUGAAGUGGCUUUGGUAGAUGCAACAGUCGACCACAAGGGGCAGGAGCUGCCUGAAGAGGUAAGGAACCUGACUAACCGACCUGAUCUCUCUAAACCGCAACAGGAGGAGCUAUGCACCCUGCUGCUCAAGUGGAAGGACGCGUUUGCUAACCAUGAUGAAGACUUUGGUCGGACAGACCUGGUACAACACCGUAUCCAUACAGGUGAUGCAGCGCCCAUCAGAGAAAGGUACCGACCUCUUCCGCCUCUGAUGUACAAGGAAAUGAAAAACCUACUUGCAGAAAUGCUUGAGAAGGGGGUAAUCAGAGAAAGUUGUAGCCCAUGGGCUGCACCCAUAGUUCUGGUGAAGAAGAAGGACGGUAACUGGAGGUUCUGUGUGGACUAUAGGAAACUUAAUGCCGUAACCCAUAAAGAUGCCUUUCCCCUUCCCAGAAUCGAAGAGACUCUAACAAACCUGACCCGAGCCGAGUGGUUUUCUACCCUUGACCUGGCUAGUGGCUAUUGGCAGGUUGAGAUGGACCCCCAAGACAGAGAGAAAACUGCCUUUACAACCCCACUUGGACUAUUCGAGUUUGAGCGCAUGCCUUUUGGCCUAUGUAAUGCACCAGCAACAUUUCAGCGCCUAAUGCAACAGUGUUUAAGCGGACAAAUGGCGGAGUCCCUAUUGGUGUAUUUGGACGACAUCAUAAUAUACUCACCUGACUUUUCCUCUCACCUACAGCAUUUGGAUGAAGUGAUCCAAAGAUUGUUGCGGCACGGCCUGAAACUGCAAUUGGACAAGUGUAAACUUCUCCAACAAGAAGUCAAGUUUUUGGGCCAUGUGGUGGACCAUUCUGGGACUGCUCGCCUGGGUGCUGUGGAACAACGCUGGGUCGCUCAGCUGGCUUCUUUCAACUACGACGUCAAGUACCGCCCAGGUAAAAGCAAUGCUAAUGCAGAUGCUCUGUCCAGGUUUCCAGUUGACCCCAUCCCUACCAGGGUUGCAGACCAGGAGUGUGAGACAGGAGCAAGCGUGACCACAGCAGCCAUUGAGCCAACCCCUAGAAGUGAGGACAGUGAGUGGGCUAGCAGCGAAUGGGAAGAUGCCCAAGCCAAUGAUCCAGACAUAAAAGUGGCUAAGAGGUUACUGACCAGCAUACCCAUGAAGUACGCUUUCAGGUGGUGUGUCCAAGCUCAAGGUGUGAAGAGGUCUGGAAAAAGGUCCAUGAAGCCGCUGCCCAUGCUGGUGUGGAUCGAACACUGGCCCGGAUACGACAGCAUUUCUAUUGGCCUGACAUGGAGCAAGAGCAACUACGCCAUGACAUUAGUGGUUGGAUACUGGACCACCAACAGAGACUUUCACUAG